GUUAUCACACAAAUUUAGCACGUGCUUGUUCAUUUUAUUUGAUUUGUUCGAUGUUUUUACUAAAAAAAGUUGGUAAAAUGAGAACUAAUUUUGUUACGUUCGUGUAAAGUGGUGAUUUCGUAGACAUGAAGUUGACCAAACAAUACCUUCGGUUCGUACCCGCCGGUAAAUUCAAUAUAAUAACGAGUUCCAAAUGCAACAUAUCGUUCAUAAACUACGAUGGCAAAGAUAACCGCUACGUAGCAGUAGGAGCUGCCGAAGACCUCGCAAUUUGGGAUAGUCGUUUAGCCAAAAAAGUCACCGUAUUCGAAGGCGAAAAACACGAGUGUGUUUUCCUAGCUGCUUGCCCUAAAUCGCACAAGAUCGCCGCUGGUUACUCAGACGGUACGUUAACCAUUAACGAAUUGAAUUCCGAAGAGAAUGAAACAUUCUCCGGUCACCGAUCUCCCAUCACAUGUAUUUCCUUCGACGAAGAAGGUCAUCGCAUCGCCACCGGAUCUAAAGAUACUGAUAUCGUUGUCUGGGACAUUGUCGCUGAAAGUGGUUUAUUCAGACUGAGUGGCCAUAAAGGAUCCGUUACCCAGGUGCGUUUCAUGAAUUCACGUAACAUUCUGGUAUCAUCUUCCAAAGAUACUCUGGUCAAGUUCUGGGAUCUAACGAAUGGCCAUUGCUUUAAAACACUCACCGGUCAUGUAACAGAAGUAUGGGAUUUCUGUUUGAUGAAAAACGACUCGUUCCUCGUUACCGGUACGAAUGACAGUGAAUUGAGAGUAUGGCGUAUACGUGAUAAUUCUUCGUCUGAAGUAAAUUUCACCGAAGACUCGAUCGAUUAUGGUAGCCCGAUAACGUGCGAAAAAGUUGGUUCGAUUUUGAGACAAGGAUUUGGACGUGUUGUUUCGAUGUCGUGUGAUCGUUCGUCGCAAAUUCUAUGCUGUCACGGGAACGAGAAAGUUCUAGAAUUAUUUCACUUUUUACCCGAAGAAGAAGCCCAACGUCGGUACCAAAAGAGAAUGAAAAAAGUUCGAAAGAAAAACAAAGACUCGGAGCAAGGCGAAUCUACCGAUAUAAAUAUCGCACCCGAUUCGUUGAAAUUUUUAGUAACUAGAUUGGCAGCUGUUCGUCACGAGAGUAAAGUGAAAUACGCCGAUUUAUGGCACGAAGGUGGUAAAAUCAAAACGGUCGCAGCAUUGAAUAAUAAUUCGUUGGAGUUCCAUUCGAUAACGAUAGAAAACACGAAAGAGACAGUGCAAGAAAAAGUCAUCACGAAAGCUGGUCAUAAUUCAGACGUCAGAGCUCUGGCGUUUGGCUACGAUAACGUCGGUAUCGUUUCCGGUUCCGGUACCGGUGUCAAAAUAUGGAAUCGUACGUCCUUAUCGUGUCUUCGUACCGUCGAUACAGAUUACGUUCUAUCUGUAUGUUUCGUUCCUGGAGACCGAUACGUGUUGGCUGGUUUGAAAAACGGUUCUUUAUUAAUCGUCGAUAUUUCAUCUGGCGAUAUCAUCGAGACAAUCGAAGCGCACCAGAAAGAAUUAUGGAGCGUAUCCAUUCUACCGAGUAAAAUAGGCUGUGUAACCGGAGGCGGAGACUGUAACGUUAAAAUCUGGAAUCUCGAAUUACUCAAACCGCAAAAUGACAAUAUUUCUGUCAACGUGCUUACUUUGGUUCACAUUAAAACGCUCGUUUUGGACGAUCCAGUUCUACAAGUUUGCGUUAGUCCUGAUAGUAACCUGAUAGCAGCCGCUUUACUCGACUCGACGGUGAAAAUAUUCUUCAUGGAUACGUUUAAAUUCUUCCUAUGCUUGUACGGUCACAAAAUGCCGAUCACUUGUCUCGAUAUUUCGUACGAUUCAACCCUCAUAGCCACCGGAAGCGCUGAUCGAAACGUCAAAAUCUGGGGUCUCGAUUACGGAGAUUGUCAUAAAUCAUUAUUCGCUCACGAAGAUACCGUUACCAGUUUGAAAUUCGUCCCUAACACGCAUUACUUUUUCACCACCGGUAAAGAUGGCAAACUGAAACAAUGGGAUGCGGAUAAUUUCCAGCGAAUCGUUACCAUCGAUGCUCAUCAUGGCGAAUCUUGGUGCGUAGCUGUUUCUCCCAACGGCGACAGCGUCGUAACUUGUGGACAAGAUAGAGUUAUUCGUCUAUUUGAAAAAUCUUUCGAACCGUUAGUAUUAGAAGACGAACGUGAAACCGAACGAGAAAAAGAGGAAGAAGAUACGUUAGCCACCGGUACUGAUACUGCCGUACCCGGAUGUUCGACUUUACAUUUAGCUAGCAGAAAAACAGUUACCGCCGAAAAAGGUGCCGAAUUAUUGCUCGAAUGUAUGGAAGUUUUGAAAGAGUAUAGAAAAGAGGUCCAAGAAUGCAAACGUUCCAAUAUCCAGCUACCUUCUUUACCUCCGAUAAUGAUGGCAUUUAAUGCUAAAUCAGAUCAAGAAUAUUUUUGCGUUAUUUUGAGGAAAAUUAAAACCAGCGAUUUCGAAGAGAUUUUGUCUUUGUUGCCAUUAUCGUCGGUUUGCGAAUUACUUCAACUUUUAAUACCGUUGCUUCAUUCGGUCAACAGUGAGACUGAAAUUGUUGUCAAAAUUUUAAUAUUCUUACUUCGAGUUCAUCAUAAACCCAUCGUGUCGUCUGGUGAUCUGUACCUUACGCUGAGACAACUUCAAACUUCCGCUGUUGAAAGGAUAAGUCAUUUGAAAGAUACGAUUGGUUGUAAUUUACAUGGUUUGUUAUAUUUUAAACGAGAAAUGUAAAAAUUUUUGUACAUUUUAUAUUUAUUUUUAUUAUGUUACGAUAUAAAUCGUUGAAAUUUGUAAAAUCGACCAUCAAAUUAAAAAUUUUUAAUUAAA